AUGGUCAUUGUCAAGGACAUCGAGGUGUUCAGCAUGUGCGAGCACCACCUGGUGCCCUUCACCGGCAAGAUGCACAUCGGCUACAUCCCGCGCAACGCCGUCAUCGGCAUCUCCAAGCUGCCGCGCAUCGCCGAGAUGUUCGCCCGCCGCCUGCAGGUCCAGGAGCGCCUGACCAAGGAGGUCGCCAACGCCGUCAUGGAGGUCCUGCAGCCCCAGGGCGUCGCCGUCGUCAUGGAGUCGAGCCACCUGUGCAUGGUCAUGCGCGGCGUCCAGAAGUCGGGCAGCACCACCAUCACCAGCUGCGUGUUGGGUUGCUUCGAGCGCAAGGAGAAGACCAGGAACGAGUUUCUCAGCCUCAUUGGCGUCAACCGCUAA